AUGGACGGAGUACCGGAUUUGAGUGCUUUGUUGAAGGGGAAGCUGCAAUUGCUUUCGAAGAAGUCAACUACUGCCGAUGUGCAAGGGGCGACUAGUUCUGACGCAGGUCGAGCUUCCGAGGAAGGGGCUCCUGGUUUAGUCGACAAAGACGUUGUGGCGGAGCCUCCUGCCUCAAGUCCUAAAAAGAAGAAGAAGAGCAAGAAAGCCAGGAGGAAAGCAACCGAAGAGCUUCCUCUUGAAGAGAUCGCUUCUCUCGACGAAACCUCCGAGGGUUUGGAAGCAAGGAAGGGAGAGAGAGGGAGGAAGAGACCUUACGAAGGGGGUACUUCCUCCAUUGAUCGCGGCGAGGUGCCGGCUGUAGGACGAGAAGGCACUGCUAGGGGUUCUGUCGAGUCUGACCGUUCCGAGGUUGCGCCUGAAGAUCGUCCCAGAAAGAAGAAGAAGAAGAAGUCCGUUGAGGCUGAGCCGCGUCCUUCUGAUGCGGAGAUGGGCCUUGUCGAAGUUGUCGCGGGAGGGGACGUUUCUCUUGAAACCCCUCCCGAGGAGAGACAGGUCUCAGCGCGGGGCAGUGAUCCUGUCACGGGAGAGAGAUCCAUUCCCGAUCCGUCUGCGAGGAAAGGGUCUCGUUCAGAGGGUUCUUCUGCGAGGAGGAAGAAGAUCGAGUUCCCCGAUCGGGUCGAGUUUUCCUACGACGAGACGACCCCCCUAAUCCUUAAUCCUCUUAGGUGCGCGGAGCUGACGCGCCAAAUUCGUGGUGGGACGAAGGAGAUGCCACAGCUGGACGACCUUUACUUCAGGAAUGAAUACAUAGACGCUGCUUCUUCGAGAGCUCGGAGUGACGGGAGUAUGAACUUUCUCGUUGAGAAAUACGACAGUGCUCUGAAACAGACGAUGAUCCAGUUGGGAUCUUCAGAGAAGCUUGCCCAGACGCGGUUGAAGGUCAUCGAGAGAGUAAGGGGGGAGCAUAAGAAGGCCAACGAGAAGGCCGCAGAGGAGAAAGAGAUUCUUCGAGUAAAGUUCGAAGAACUGGAGGGCAAGCUUAAGUCUUCCAGCGCGGCGAGAAAAGAGCUCGUUCGAGAGAAAAGUCACCUGGAGCAAAUGGCUGUGAGUCUGGAGAAGGAGAAGGCCGAGCUAGUCGGAGAGAGAGAUGCCGCGGUGGACAAACUAAUCAAAGAGAGGCAGCGCUUGAGGGACUCCCGGGGUUUGGAGGUUACUCGUGAGAGGGAGAGAGUCGAGGCUGCCAUGGCUGAGAAGGCAAGUCGCCGUUUUGAUCGCGUGCGCAACCAAUUUACUCGUCUGGAGGCUUAUGAGAAGGCGAAGAACCUGUAUGGUCAAGCUUCGGGAACGAAGAAGUGCCUCGAGGUUAUAAAGGCGAGUGGAACGGAGAUUCCCCAAGAAAUGAUCGAUGUCUUCGCUGAGCAGGAGAAACUUUACGAGGCGGAGGUUAUGAAACUCCGAGUAGAGCCGCUGUCCGAUAGCGACCUUACUCUUUCUCCGUUGGUCCUUCCUUCUCGUUUUGCCGAGGACAGGUUCAGAACAUCAUUCGAUCCCUAUGGAUCGAACGUAAAUUUGAUCGGGCCAGAGACGGCUUCUCAGCUGGUGACCUCGCUUGAAGUUGUUGAGGAGCCGUCAGAGGAGCCACUCGUUGAUGUCAUGUCUGUCCCCACCAAGCCUGUCAAGUCCCCGGUGGGAAGCGGUUUUGAUGAGCGCCCAGAGGAUGGGAAUUUGAAGGGGGUUCGAGAGGGGGAGACCGAGAACGUGGGUGUCGAGGAUCCUGUGCUCGUCUCGGAUUCUUCCUCCGAAGGACGAGAGGAUGGGGAGGAGGAUAACGAUGGGAUCGAGGAGGCGUCGCUGCCACGUCCUGCUGAGGAGGAGACGAUCUACGAAGCUGGGGAUACAGACGUUUCUCCACGUCCCGUUGUAGACUCUCUCACUUCCAUUCCUACUCGGGCGGAGGACCAAACUGCUGCCGCUACCAAGGGUCAUGACGAUCAAGAUUCUGCUCUUUGA